GCGUGCGCGCCUCCGCCUGCUGAAGUCAGCCCAUGCGCGCUCCCGUGCUGUAGAGGCGAAUGCGGCGCUGCAAGGAGCAGACCCCAAGACUCCAGCCCCCCUUUUCAACACGAAAAUAACACUUAUUUCGUUCCUUACCAGCGUCUUCUGAGGAAGAACCUUCAGUGCUGACUCUUUAGGAUGCAGGGACCGUCUGGUUGGUAGAUGCCUGCAGGCUUUCAAUGUGUGGUGUUCCUGGAGACCGAAUUUAAGGAGAAGUGUUUGGGGUGUGCUGCUGACCGCCCUGCCAGCCAGACCCGGCAUCCUAUCUCUGAUCUCCUGCCAAGGAGACAGCAGUUGCUGCACACUCUACACCUGACCCCCACCCCCGCCCCGUCCCGUCCCCGCCGCUACAAUGGUGCUGUCACAGAGGCAACGUGACGAGCUAAACCGAGCGCUAGCUGAUUACCUUCGUUCCAAUGGAUAUGAAGAGGCAUAUUCAGUUUUCAAAAAGGAGGCGGAAUUAGACGUGAAUGAGGAAUUGGAUAAGAAGUAUGCAGGUCUAUUGGAAAAGAAAUGGACUUCAGUCAUCAGAUUACAGAAAAAGGUGAUGGAAUUAGAAUCAAAACUGAAUGAGGCAAAAGAAGAGAUUACUUUAGGUGGGCCAGUUGGACAGAAGCGAGACCCCAAAGAAUGGAUUCCCCGUCCUCCUGAGAGAUACGCCCUGAGCGGCCACAGGAGUCCUGUCACCAGAGUCAUUUUCCAUCCUGUUUUCAGCGUCAUAGUCUCUGCCUCAGAGGACGCAACAAUAAAGGUAUGGGACUAUGAAACGGGCGACUUUGAGCGGACCCUCAAGGGCCACACAGACUCGGUGCAGGACAUUUCCUUUGACCAAACUGGAAAGCUGCUAGCCUCCUGUUCAGCGGACAUGACCAUUAAGCUCUGGGACUUCCAGGGCUUCGAGUGUAUCAGGACCAUGCAUGGGCAUGACCAUAAUGUUUCAUCUGUAGCUAUUAUGCCCAAUGGAGAUCACAUAGUUUCUGCCUCAAGGGAUAAAACCAUUAAAAUGUGGGAGGUGGCCACUGGGUACUGUGUCAAGACAUUCACCGGCCACAGAGAGUGGGUGCGCAUGGUGCGGCCCAACCAAGACGGGACCUUGAUCGCUAGUAGUUCUAAUGACCAGACGGUGCGCGUUUGGGUGGUGGCCACAAAAGAAUGCAAGGCGGAGCUGCGUGAGCAUGAGCAUGUUGUGGAGUGCAUUUCUUGGGCCCCUGAAAGCGCCCAUCCCACCAUCCUAGAGGCGACUGGCUCAGAGGCCAAGAAGAGCGGGAAACCUGGUCCUUUUCUGUUGUCUGGUUCCAGAGACAAGACUAUCAAGAUGUGGGAUGUGAGCACUGGCAUGUGCCUUAUGACACUGGUUGGCCAUGAUAACUGGGUGCGUGGGGUUCUUGUGCACCCUGGAGGAAAGUUCAUCGUGAGCUGUGCUGAUGACAAGACUUUGAGGAUCUGGGACUACAAAAACAAGCGCUGCAUGAAGACCUUGAGUGCCCAUGAACAUUUUAUUACCUCUCUGGGUAAGCGGUCGUAUAAACACUCACUGGUUUCUGAAAUGCAUAUCAGAUGUUUUGAUGAGCACGUAAGGGUAAAGAUGCCUUUUAGAAGUGUGCAGCACAUCCUCACUUCCCCAAAGAGUGAUUUCUAAGGUUAAAAUCAAGUU